UGUACCCUGUAGAUCCGAAUUUGUGUAAAGGAAGUUGGGUCACAAAUUCGUAUCUAGGGGAAUAUGUAGUUGACACAAACACUACAGGUCACAAUCCCAGAAGGCAUUAAAAAUACCCCCCCCAAAAAAAGCCAUCCACACCCCUAGAACCCUAAAUAAAACAGUGAAAACAAGGUCUUAACCAGAAACCCGUUUUAUAGCCGAAAAGAAAUACUUUGGAUUUGACCUUAGCUCAACUCCAGCGCUCCUGCGAUAAACUUUAUCAUCAUUUCGAGAUAAAAUCUGAGCUGCGAAGCUGGGGGAGGUCAGGGGCGUUAUUACUGCGGUUUGAGAGCCAGGAACCCUCUAUUGCUUUAGUUUGUGUAAUCUCAACACUGACACCGAAAAAAAGGAAGAAAUAUCGCUUUCUUUCCUGCCGCUUGUGAGGAGUUUAUUGCGCGUUUCAGAUUUAAACGCGAAUUUGAGGAAUUAGGGGUGGCUUUUGAAAGGCUGCUGGUUCGCUCUGGCUUUUAAAGCGUCUUUAUUACAAGAAGGGCGAGGCGAAGAUGCAUUAGGACUCGGGCUAAUUCGCUUUUGUAAUUGUUCAUCAAGUCCCUGAUUUCUUGCUCGGAGGACGGGCUCCCUUCUUUUCCAUCGGUGCGUGGGAAACCAGUCAAUCUCAGAGCACAGCUAAAUGUGAUUUAGGAGACCGGGUACCCCGAAUUAGCUGAUGAAUUUCUUAUCGAUCCCAAACAAGCCCUAUUCAUCUCUGCCAGGCUCGGGGCGCAAUGUCCCUUCCCGUAUCACCUUAGCGCGGAAUGAGAUGCAGCCGCCACCCGGAGGGACCGCCAUGGAUCAUGUGCUGAAAAAAACCUGAAAAAUCAUUUUUACACUGGAUUUUUUUUUUUUCCUUUGGACCGGGGGGGGCGAUAUUUUUAUUUCUUUCCCGCCCUCCUUCUCCCGGUUCCCUCCCGCCCCGAGCCAGGACACACCCCCAGGGGUGUGGGCCGGGGGGGCCGGUUCUCGCCCGCGGGCGCUGCGCAGCCUGGGGCCGGUGGGGCCGGCGGGGCCGGGGCGGCCGGAGGGGCCGGAGGGGAGCGGGCGCCCCCGCCGCCUCCCCGGGGAUGCUCGGGGCCUCGGGAGAACCCGGGCUGGGCAGAUUUCCUUAUCCGGGGCUCGCAGGGCACCUCGCCAUUGGCCCGCGCUGUCACAUGGACUCCAACUUUGUUCACUUGACAAAAUUAAUGGCCAUGAGCUCGUUUUUGAUCAACUCCAACUAUGUGGACCCCAAGUUCCCACCCUGUGAAGAGUAUUCCCACAGCGAUUACCUUCCCAAUCACUCGCCGGAAUAUUACAGCAGCCAGAGGCGAGAGAGCACUUUCCAGCAUGAAGCGAUGUACCCGCCGCGGUCAGCCUGCAAGGAGCAGCUCUACGCGUCCUGCCCGAGCUCCGGCCACCCAGCAGCGGUGUUGUCCCCCCGGGGUCAUGUCCAUCCUCCGGCCGCACUGCACAGCCGCCUCUCGGAGCCGCAGCCGCCCUGCGAGCCGGGCACCCCCAGCCCGCCACCCUCCUGUAGCCAAAACUCUCUGAACCAAAGCCCUGCCAGUUCCUCUUGCAAAGAGCCGGUAGUUUACCCCUGGAUGAAAAAAGUCCAUGUAAGCACGGUAAACCCCAAUUACUCCGGAGGGGAACCGAAACGCUCCCGCACAGCCUACACCAGGCAGCAAGUCCUGGAGCUGGAGAAGGAGUUUCACUAUAACCGCUAUCUCACCCGGAGGCGCAGGGUCGAGAUCGCCCACUCCCUCUGCCUCUCCGAGCGCCAGAUCAAAAUCUGGUUCCAGAACAGGAGGAUGAAAUGGAAAAAAGAUCACAAGUUACCCAAUACCAAGAUAAGGUCUAACUCUUCCAGCUCCUCGGCCAGCCUGCAGAUCCCACAAGGAGGAUCCCAAACCCGAUCCCAUGGACCAGCCAGCAGCCUAUAACUGUUCCUUGGGUGCAUGGAUGGAUGGAUGGACGGACGGAUGGACGGAUGGAUGGAAAGUGCGUGGCUGUGGGUGUGAGUUUGUGUGUGUGUGUGUAGGGAACACAUGAUAUUUUUUUGUUGUUGUUAGUGCUCCAAGAAGCGAGGGAAGGAGGGCUGCUCUUUAUUUAUAGGGGGAACAGAGGGAGACUCAGCUGCAACAAAGCCGAGCUGCGCCGUUGUGCCUCUUCCAUUAGAAGAAGGCUGCAGAUAGUCGUGUUCAGAUUUGGCUAAGAUGGAUCCUUGUUUCAUCUUUAAUCACGCCAAGCUCUGCCCCAUUUGUCAUGUUUACUCUCCCGUACAAAGGAUGGACCUUAUGUCUGCUAUUACCUCGACAACCAGCGCUCACUUUAAUAAAUGAGGCUCAGUUUCUUGAAGACGAACUGGAUUUUCACCCCCACCUUUUUUUGUUGUUGUUGUUUUUAAUUUCCCCCCUCCUCUUUUUAUUUUCUUGACUACAAACGGGAAGUUUAUGCCCCACCAUCCCAAAGACGCGACGGUUCUAGCACAGUCCUACGAUGGAGAAAAAACCCAACCCAACCAAACCAAACAACAAAGAAAGACCCAACCAACACAACCAAAAUGCCCCCGAGCACGGAGCGUGGGGAGCGGGGGCUCUCGGGCGCUGCGCUGGUCGUGCUGGGGGGGGGAAGUGGAGACAACCCCUUGGUGGGGGCGGAAAGAAAGGAAAAUUAGGUCUAGUGAGUGGUGGACAAAGAAAGCGAGAGGAUGGAGAGUGAUGUAGGAACCCCCCGGCUUUGUUUUUUUGAGUCCAGCAGGUUUAAUUGCGAGUCUGGGAAAAGGGUUGGGAGGGAAAGGGGAACGAAGGGGUUUAGAUUAGAAACUGGGUGAGGAACACCUGAAUGCACCGAGCCGGGGGGGGCGGGCCGGGGGGGUCGGGAAGCUCCUCUCCCGCUGCCCAGCCCAGGUUUGUAUCCACAAUGUGAACUGCGGGCGGGGGGAGCCCGGGUUGAGCGGGGGUUCAGUCAGGGCCCCCCGAACCCUCCCGGCCCGGCCGCCCCCUCCCUUUGUCCUUCGUGCUGCCCAGGAUACCUGUAAAUAGCAGAGAAAAGGAACAAAACAACCAACAAAAAAAGCGCAAUUGGAAAUAAAUUUUUUCAUUGUGAA